AUUUGACCGGCCAGCACCGCGCCACUGCCGUCACUGCGUGCGUCGCCGCAGCGCGCCCAGUGCAAGCAGAGCGAGCAGAGCAAGAACUAGCAGUGCACCGCCACAAAGGGGAUUAACGCCACCACCAUGCUCGCCGCAUGGGCCCUCCUGCUGGCCGCGGCCGCGGGGCUCGCGUCCGCCGACCGUCUGGAGAACACGUACCUGCCGCCCGCCAACGCCGCCACCGCCGGGGGCUCCGGGCUCGCCCCGCCUUCUUACAGGCCGCCUUCUCCUCCUCAGAACUCGUACCUUCCCCCGAGGAACAACCCCCCACCACCCCCUCAGAACUCCUACCUUCCCCCUAGAAACAACCCCCCGCCACCCCCGCAGAACUCGUACCUGCCCCCCAGGAGAAACAACCCUCCUCCCCCGCCCCCGUCCCCUCCGCGUAGACCCAUCAGCUCGUACCUGCCCCCCAACAGGGCGCCUACCCCUUCAUACGGACCCCCCGCCGCGCCGCCCCCACCUCCCCCACCCCCGCCAAGGCGGCCCGCCCCCGCCCCCACCAACAGCUACCUGCCCCCGACCUCCGGCGGCAACGGCGGCUACAGCAGCAACGGCGGCUACAGCAGCGGCGGCGGCGGCGGUUUCAGCAGCGGCGGCGGUAGCUUCGGCGGCAGCGGCGGCGGCUACAACGGCGGCGGCUUCGGCGGCGGCAACGGAGGGUCCGGCGGACGGCCCGUCGCCAUCAUCAAGCAGGUCAACGAGAACAACGGCGACGGCACCUACACCUUCAGCUACGAGACCGACAACGGCAUCCAGGCCGAGGAGCGCGGCGAGCUGAAGCCCGACGGCGGCGAGGGCAUCCAGAGCGCCCAGGGCUCCUUCUCCUUCACGGCGCCCGACGACGGCCAGCGCUACUCCGUGCAGUACACCGCCGACGAGCGCGGCUUCCUGGCGUACGGCGACCACCUGCCCACGCCGCCGCCCAUCCCCGAGGCCAUCCAGCGCGCCCUGGCGCAGAACGCGGCGGACGAGGCCAACGGUGUGGUGGACGACGGCAGCUACAACGGCAUCGGCGCGGGCGGCGGUAACGGCGGCUACCCGUCCGGCCCGGCCGGCGGCGGCAACGGCGGCUACCCCUCCGGCCGCCCCAGCAACGGCGGCUACCAGUACUGAGCACCACCGACUGACUGUUCGUUGGGCUGCAGUGUAGGUCCGGGUGGGUGCGCCUCCAGGGCCUCGCAGGGAGGGAGACGACGACGCGGUGACGUCAGCGCGCUCUCAUUGGAUGGAUCAGCCGCCUCAGCACUGUGAUUGGCAGUGGCGGAUCCAGAGUCGACCUGAGGGGAGGUUUAAGUAGCAUCUUCUGCCUACUUCCAGGGGCAAAGUGUGGCUCUUUGCCUACUUCCAGGGGCAAAGCGUGGCUCUUUGCCUACUUCCAGGGGCAAAGCGUGGCUCUUUGCCUACUUCCAGGGGCAAAGCGUGGCUCUUUGCCUACUUCCAGGGGCAAAGUGUGGCUCUUUGCCUACUUCCAGGGGCGAAGCGUGGCUCUUUGCCUACCUUUCUGGCGACCUGUCUAGAGGCCAUAAGGGGCGGAGGGGUCAAUUGUCCUUUCGCCCUACACUGGAUCCGCGCCUGAUGAUUCGAUGUUUCCGCCAAAGCCUGCCGAGUUGUCACCUCUCUCCCUGCGAGUCUCUCUGCUCCGGGUGCCCCAAGUGGGGGCGUCGGAGCCUGCCUGAGAAAUGGCUUCCCGAACACGGCGCCCGCGUCGGUAUGAAAAAUCGCUGCGAUGCCAAACGCCAUUACUCGUUCGGGCAUUUCCGCUCGGCUCGGCCGCACUGGACGCGAGCAGCCUUGAAGCGGGGCUUACGCCUCAAUCUUAUCUCUCUCUCUCUCCCCGCGCAACGACUCGCCCCGACACGACUUUCCACUUUGUCAUAGAAAGUUGUCAUCUUCGGUUUUGUAAUUGCGAAAGCGAGUUGUCGAAACGGACCAACAUUAUUCGCGGGGGAGGCGAUCCAUUUCGGCCGAGAAGCUCCGAGUGGCGCGCUGCAGCCGCGAUGGCGGAUCUCAAGAAGCAGAAAAGUUACCAUUUUUUUGUGAAAUGUCUGUCCUUAGCCUUAGUCAUAGUGUCGUUGGCGCUAUCAGACGAGUAUCUAAAGCUUGGCAGACCUUGGCACUGUGUUCAAAUCCCUGUACAUUCCGUUUUAUAAUGUGUUCAUCGGAGGCCGUCGGAGGGUCUGAUAGUGUUAAUUUAUUCGAUUGUUACCUGACGCCGGAGUUACCAGCCUACAAAUAAGAGCUCAAUAAAGACGUAAUUUUUUUUGUAUAA